UUCUUAAACAAAGCCAACCUUUUCAUAUCUCAUUCCAAACAAUUCAUGGCAGACAAAAGGCUAUCCUUUCGCUUCCGGUUCCCUUGGCGUAAUAGUCCCCGUUCUAAAGAAGAACCAGAGCCACGCCCAACACCUAAAACCCAAAACCCUGCCCAGUCAACCACCACAGUAGCCCCUGAGAGGCCACCAUUUCGGCCAGCAGGAAAAACUCCGGCAAAGGGCUCUCCUUCGCAAGCUCAGAGGCCACAAAAAACUGAUCUUCCACCAUCUCGUGCAGCCAUUGAGUCCCCAAAGACUCAAUUCCCGUCUCGUUUAUCUCCAUCAAAGAACUCACAUCCCACCACUCAACAAAGCUCUCCCCCAUCAGCUACCUCGUCUCAAUCUCAACUAUUACAAGAGGAAGCAAUAUCUCAGCCACAGAAACCUCGACGAAAAAUACAAAUCAUAUCUGAAACUGAUUCCAGUGCUGAGGACAGUACUCCUAAAGAAACAACCUCUCAUACUCAUGAAACUUCCCCUAAGCGUGUAAAGGUAUUUGCUUCAUCUGAUAAAUCAGAUUCUGAUACCCUCAAUGGAGAUCACAAGCAGCUUUCGGAAUCAGAGGCAGAGUCAAAAGAGCACAAAGAAGCAGAGAAAGUAGUGCAGGUACCAGCAGUAGAAGAAAAGACCAAUGAUCCAGGUUACACAGAACCAUUGCAAGAAAGGGUCACUCAACUUCCUGCUGCAGCAAGAGACUCGGGAAAUCAGGCCAAAGACCCACUUGGAGAUGCAUUGCAAGCAGUCCAGCGAAAGGAGAAGCAAGAACAGGUCACUGAACUUCAUGCUGGAGCAACAGACCCAGGAAAUCACACCAAAGACCCGCUUGGAGUUGCAUUGCAAGAAGAUCAGCAACACGAGAAGCAAGAAAGGGUCGCUGAACUUAAUGCUGCAGCAACAGACUCAGGAAAUAACACCAAAGACCAACUUGGAGUUGCAUCACAAGCAGAUCAGCAACACGAGAAGCAAGAAAUGGUCGCUGAACUUCAUACUGCAGCAACAGACUCAGGAAAUCACACCAAAGACCAACUUGGAGACGCAUCGCAAGCAGAUCAGCAACACGAGAAGCAAGAAAGGGUCGCUGAACUUCAUGCUGCAGCAAAAGGCUCAGGAAAUCACACCAAAGACCCACCUGGAGCUGCAUUGCAAGCAGAUCAGCAACAGGAGAAGAAAGAAAAUUUUGACAGAAAGGAGAUGCUGGCCACCACCAGCUCUGAUAAGAAACCUAUCAAAACUGAGAGGAGCUCCUCAAGGGUGUAUAUUCGAAAGAUGGUUGCAUCGACUGGGGAACGACCUCCCCCAAAUAAAGAAAUCAGGGAAGUUGAUAACCUGGCCAUCGGGCAGCAAAUGCUUGAUAAGCCAGUUGGUGUUGUGACCUUAACUGGCAAAAACAGAGGAGCAGUAAUGCUCUUAAGCUCAGAACCAGAAAAACGAGAAGAACCAGUCCACAUAUGCCACGGUUACAAGCUCAAUCCAGAUGAUAAUGAAGCUACUACUGAUGGAGAGGUAAGCAAUGAGGAAGAAAUUUUCGAGGACCAGAUAUUCGAAGGAUAUCAACAAUACAUCAACAGCAAUGUCCAGAGCAUCAAUAACUCUAUUGUGUGCAGUAGUUCUGUCACGGAAAGGAAUCCAGGUGUUGCUGUUUUUUCUUCAAACCCACCAGAAUCCAUCGAUUCAAAUAAAGAAUCAGAUUCCCUCCAAACACACAAGGCUCAAGUCAUCCAAACUCCUGCUGAUAAGCUUACUCAUGAAUCCACUGUAAGACGGCGAUGCCUUGGAGGGUUAUUCAUGGAAUCCAGUGACUCAGAACCAGAUAAUCCCGCCAAGCCUCGACGUCAUGGCUGCCGCUAUAUUUGCAGGAAGGAAAGCAAGGAAACAGAGAUUGGUGUUGUCUAAUUAGGUACUAUCUGGGCUCAUAAGAUCUACCAGAGAGAUGUAAAAAGAAAUGGCAGACAUAACAGCAACCAUGUUUGUACAAAUUGAAAAUAAUAAGUUUAUUGUGUCAUCCUCCAGGCA